CGACUAGUGUUCGACGGCUCACCAGGCUGGAAAACGGGAUUAAGGAGGACUCAUCGGGUAAGUGCUUUUUAAUUCGACAUUUUAUUGUAGUUUUGUCUGUUAGUGGGGAAAUUUAUUAUAUGGUUAUAUUGAGCUAGUCUCGCUUCUGUCAUUUUCGUUUGAACGUAUGUCAAGUAGUAUACGGAUUGCAUGAAUAAAGCUCACGGAUUUUAUUUUACUUGUUAUUAACCGAAAACUCAGCUUCAAAUUUAUUUCAUGGCUCUACCUGUAGGACGUUAAAAAAUAAGCUAAGUCCGACCCAGUCUGUAGCUGGUGUGGUGGUGGAGAGGAGAACUACUUCCCGUCCUCCUCUUCAUCCGCAGCAGGUGUACUCCGCCCCACUUUCUCUUUUUCUUUUCCCGCGGCUGACAGUCCUCUUGUUCAGAACAGCCCCCUUUAUCGCGUGUGAGUACACAACGGAUUAUUUUUUGUGAAAAUGAAGGAUUUUCAAGCAUCAAGAUACAGGGUCACUGUGAGGAGCGGGAUACACCCUGGACAGGUCGCAAGUCUAUCACAGAUACCAAAAAGAUGCCAGUUCUGCCUUAUUAGGCCUAUAGUACAAUCUGCAGAUUUUUUUUAAGAGAGCAACUCUUAUUUAGCUGUGUAAAAGCAACAAAUUUGCACCUUCUUGUUCAACACGCCUUUAGGGCAGGGGGUCUCAGCUUUUUUUUAUUUUUAUGAAAUAUUAAUUUAUUUAUUUUUGUUUACAAUUUACUGGCUGCUUAACAGUUGAGCAAGCAAUCACAAAUAUUUCAAAUAAUACUGCGCUAUUCCUGUGUAUGGUUUGUAGGCAAUAGUGGUUGUAGAAAAUCCCCUCCCCCCGCCCCACACUGAACUCAUAGAUUGUGCAUCUUAAGUUAAGAUUCUUAACUUGUGUAAAUUAAGGAUCAAGAUGAUACUCUGUCAGUUUUGCCGACAUAAAACUGAAGCUCUUUUUACAUAUGUGAAGCACAUGAAAUUGCACAGGAAUUUGCCAAAUGUCAGUUUUAAAUGUGGAAUGACAACUUGCAAUAUGGCGUUCAAAAACUUCAACGCUUUCAAAUCACAUUCAUACAGAUAUCACAAGCAGCAACCUGCCACUAUGGCUCCAGUCUACACCAAUGAUUUAACCUGUCAUGUUGAAUACUGUGCUGUGCAUUGUGAUGACUUAAUCAGUUUCCUUUCACAUUUAAAAACACAUGUGAAGGAAGGUACAGGUGUAACAUGUCCAUUUAAACAGUGCAAACGAACCUUUACUAUUUUGUCUACAUUCACAUCACAUUUAUCAAGAUGCCACAAAGGAAGGACCGAGCAGAAUCUGCUUGAAAACAUAGUCCAGAAAAGUAAUGACACUGAAGGUCAUAGUCAGGAGACCUCAUCUGUUAGUAAUGUGGUGUGUCAUUCAGUUGACAGAUGUAAUGAUAAACCUUCAAAUGAUGCCAUGAUAGAGCUUUUGGAUGUUGAUGCUGAAAAUACAGAUGAGGACUUGUUUCUGCAAAAUCUGGCACUUUUUUAUUUAAAACUGCAGGCAAAAAUGUUGCUUCCUUCAUCUGUAAUUCAAACUGUCAUUGAAGGAUUCCAAGAAAUACAUGACAUGAGCCAGUUAAAUCAAAUGAAUAAGUUACAUGAAAAACUAAUAUUACUUGGAGUACCUGAGAGAGAUGUAAAAAAAGUGAUAGAUGAAGUAAAAGAUAAUGAUCUUUUCCAGAGUUGCAAUACUCACAAACUAAAAACAGACCAUAAGCGAAAAACUGUCUUUAAAGAAAGCUUCAACUACAUAGAACCACACCCAAUUUGUUUGGGGAACAAUGAAGCAGGAAAGGAAUGUUUUGCUCAGUACAUUCCAAUCAAACAAACAAUUGCUGGUCUUUUGCAGAACGAGUCCAUUAGAGAACAGCACAGAUCCACCCAUUUGGAUGUUCAUGAAAAAGAUAUAUUAAAAGAUAUUUGGGAUGGCAAAAUAAUCUCCCAAAAUGCUUUGCUUAAGACUGAUCCAUUGUCUGUUGGCUUGAUUCUGUAUCAGGACUCGUUUGAGGUAGUUAAUCCUUUGGGAUCAGGCAAGAAAAAACAUAAACUCCUCGCAGUCUACCUCACUUUAGGAGACAUUUUGCCUCACAACCGAUCAACUACAGAUCAUAUGCAACUUGUUCUUCUUUGCAGAGACCAGGAUUUUCGUUACUUUGGACAAGACCUGGUGCUGGGAACACUGGUGAAGGAUCUGAAAGACCUUGAAGUGAGCGGUACUGAACUGCCAAAUGAAUAAUGUCUGCAACUUUUGAGGAGGAAAUCCAAAGGACUAUAACUAAAGCCCUUCCUGGAAUCUCUCAAGCAAAGUUGGAGAAGCUGGUGGAGAGGCUUGUUAGCUGGGGUGUAGAAACUAUUGAUGAUCUAAAAUAUGUAGAAGGAGCCCCUGGAGCAGACCUGUCUGAUGUUCUUCCUCCCAUCCAGAUUCGCAAACUGCUUGACAGCUUUAACACAGCUGGGGAAAAAAAUGCGUGUGGUGAUAAUCCGAGAAGUCCAACUUCGUCUUCCAAUAGUUUGAACACUGUGAAUCCACCAACCUUUUCAUCAGCAACUUUAACUUCUUGGGCAGAGACAUUUCAGAUCCCCUGGGAACAAAUGCCAAAUGAUGUGCGAACAGCACUAGCAAAUGAAAAAAGACCACUCCCACCAGUUCGUAGAAAAAUGGUAAGAAUUCUAGUUGACGAAAUGAGGAAGAUUGAAAAAAAUCCAACUAAAGCUCAAUGCCUCACUGUUGCUCUUAAAAUAGUAAAACAGUAUCCAAAGAGUUUUGCAGAUUAUGACAACACAGAAUCAGUUUCUGAAGUUGGAUGCUACUCACUAUUGAAACAAAUUAAAACACGAGUUGAACACGUAAAUAGAAACAACACACUGACAACACGCAGACGAUGUUCAAGUGGCAUUUCAGAAAAUUCUGAGAUCACAAAGCGAAAAGGCCCAGUAGCUACUUAUGGAUGCACCAAAUGGCAGCCUGAACCACCGCUUUUAGAGAGUGAUGAUGAUCUUGAGCACAAAAGACAGACUUUGCAAAAUAUAUAUCAGCAGCACGGCAAGAGUGGAGCAGACAGAGCUGAUGUCUGUGCUUUAAUGAAAGAAACCUAUUAUUUGCAAAGAAAACAUAUAAAUGAUUCCCAGGCAGCUACUAUUAAAGAAAUGAAGAACAAGUGGCCAUACUUGUUUGUGCAAAAGCACCUCACAGCACAUUUUGAGGAGCUUACUAGUUAGUAUCAAUGUACAAAAUCAACUCAACCGUGCCAUG